AUGAACCAAAGAGAGAACCGCGAUAAGGAAACAUUCGUUUACGAGCAGCCGACAUUGACACGCGACACAAGAGAAAAACGCCAAGAAGGUUGCUGCAGUGGAUGUCGACAAACAUUCUUCGGUCUUAGGGAAUUUGGUUCGGACAGCUCAAACCCGCAACAGCUCGAUUUACAUGCUACGUUUGCUCCAAGGGGCGUUCUCAUUUUCAUUUGGAAAGCUAUCGUCGCCAUCUUUGUAAUAGCGACCUUCGUGUACACCCUUGUCGACUCGCAGUAUAGAGGAUUCUACUUUGCUUAUGUGACCAACUGGUCGCUUCUUGUUUCCUGCGUAUAUGUUAUCUUAAGUCUAUUCAACUCAUGCUGUGUAUCUCACCGUCAGCAUCCGGGUGAACGACAAAGAAUUGGAACCAUUACUGCAUUGACGUGGAUUUCUUAUGUUAUUGCUUCACACGCCGAGCCCUUGGUAACGAUCUUCUUCUGGUCGGCCGAGUACACACGUGAGCUCGAGGUAAACUUUGAUUCGCUGGCUCCACACGGUCUAGUGGCAGUUCUGAUACUGGUAGACGGGAUUUUAAUCAAUCGUAUACCCGUCCGUUGGAUCCAUUAUUGGUAUUUGAUCGUUCCCUACGAUUUGAUUUAUCUGCUCUGGACAGUAUUGCACUUUGUUUUUGAUGUUGGCAAUCCAAACCAGAGUGAUCAAGAUCCGAGUUCCAACGACGACGCUAUUUACCAAGUUUUGCAGUGGGAAGACGACUGGGAAAUGGCUUUGGUAUUGACCGUUCUUGUGUUUGUCAUUGGUCCUAUCUUCUUUUUUCUGCAACGGCGUUUAACUAUGUACAGAUUUCUCUGCGGAGACAACCGCUUACGAUUACGCUACAUACAAAACAAUGAUAAUGUGGAACCCGAUAACACAGGAGAUUCUGAUGUGUAAAUUCAUCUUUGACGAAGGGCUGGGUAGAUUGUGAGGCCUCUUGGAUUAAAAGAGGUUCAGCUGGAUACACAAUUCAUCUCCUUUAUGUAAAUAGGGAUGUACAUUGACGAUAA